CAGUACUCUACUUAGGCUCUUCUCUUGGUUGUCUGUUUUCCAACACCAUCUCAUGAUGUUAACGAUAAAAAUAAGGAAAGAAAGUAAAUACAAUUUCAUACUCCAUGACGAGGCAGUGGCGGAUAUUUCAAUUUGUACAAAAUCAAAAUGUUGAGAUUUCAAACGGGUGCAACGAGGAGAGGGCGAAUAUUGAGGACUCUACCACCGGACCGUAUUGAAAAAGAAGUGUGAAUAAAGAGAAAAAAAACAUAUUCACGUGCCACUUCCAAUACAAUAAUGUAGAUCUCGAUACGGGUAUUUUUUUCAUUGUUGCUGCACCUGCAGCUGCCGGUGCUUCGAGGCCGAACUUCUAGGCAAAAAAAGAUUUUGUCUGUCACAACCACGAAUCGAGGCCUCUGCGCGGCCUCCGUACCACUUCGACUUUCUUUGCCUCCUUACCGCCCUGGAGGCAGGGUCACAGCUGCCAGACCCGAGCGCAAUAUUGACAAACUUAAGCUCCUAAGGCGGGGGAAGGCAGUCACCAAUCGUCGCCACGACCUCACUACCUGGGCUUACCUCUUUUCCCGUUGUAGAUUGCCGGAUGUCUGAGGAUCGGUGCUUUUACGCAAAAGCUGUGCGCGCGUUUUCAGAUGGAGGUACAUCCUUUCCUUCCCAUGAUUCUGCGAUGCUGGCCGCUAUUGCUUAUUCUGACAGACAUCACAAACACAACCACAAGGACUGCUUCUAAGUAAAGCUAAAAAUGUGACCCGCCAAAUUAGCUGCCUGACGAGCACGAGGAAGUAUUCACUCGCCCAGGCUCGAAAAAUUCAUUCCACAGGUGACAACACGCUCGAGGUGAAAGUCGGAGAUAUCAUUCGGGUGGUUGAGAUCGACGGGAACUCGGAAUGGUGGGGUGGUCAUCUCUACGAGGAAUCCGCGCAGAGCACAGGAUGGUUUCCAGGUAUUGGAAUGCGAAUGUUGAUUGCUCAGGCAUUUAGGCUUACUUGCUUGGGGCCACAACUUAUGAUUUGUGUCGCCGGUGUCCUGAUGGUAAUGUCAUCCUCUGUCGUCAUGAAGAAAGCAAAGUGCGGCUGCAGUUAUCAUGUGUUCAUUCUCGGCGUACUAACUUAUGUUAGGAUCCUUUACACCCUCGCGACGUAGGUUGCAUCGUCAAGCGGCUUUCCGCGUCCGAGGAGCAGAACCUCCUCGAGAAGAAGCGCCGCCAGGAGGAACGCGCGGCGCAGCGCUACGCUGCCCGGCGGGAGGAAGAUAGUACGGGCUUUCGGCAGAGCGCCACGACCAGAACGUCUGCACAGAUGAACUCCUACCGCGAGCCGGAACGGUCUUCCUACAGUCGGUACUCGACCUCCGAACGGGAGCCACACCGCGAUUCGGCGUCCCGCGGCAGCACGGCUACACGGAAGUACGAAUACGAGCCACAGGGGGAAGCCUUUCGUGGCAGCCGGACAAGCACGACAACGACAAGCAAGCGGACGCUGACCGACCCGAGGCCGUCCAGCUCGAGACAGCAGAGACUCUCGAACACCUAUCGUCGAGAUUCCCGUGGCGCGGCGGGGGGAAUAGAGCCGGAUUAUGAUCGAGACCAGAUUACAGGGCAAACGGAAUGCUCAACGCCCUCGAAGCCACGGAAUUCCAAUCCGUAUAAUCUAGUAUACGUGAUCAUAUAUCUGCGAACAAAAAGAACUUUUUUUAGCGGGCCAAGUACGGCUUAUGCAUCCACUUCUAUCUUCUGAAGGAAAUACCAAUGCGCAAGAAUAAAGCUGAGACCAGCUUCGUUAAGUGCAAUAAAGCAGAAGGUUUGUCUAGUGGACGUGGAAAAAAUGAAAAACACACAACAGUGCUGGCGUGAAAGUCCCAUCCCCCGGUCGGUCUGAGACGGUGAAGAAGCUGGAGGCAGAAAACCGAAAGAUCAAGAACGAACUGCAGCAGAGGCUAGCGCAGAUCGAUUCCAUGCGCAGUGACAUGAUCGAAAUAGAGCAGAAGGGGUACAAAAAGCGUCUGAACAUGGUCGAUUUUAUCCAGGGAAGGUGGAACGAAAAAAUGGACGAGCGGCAGAUACAGGGCAUUGAGGAUGGUGGGUUCGAUCCGGAGUCCCUGCCGCCGCGGUUCGACGAGGUAUCUACUAAGAAAGCGGCCUGCUGUGCUCAUUUGUGCGACCACAUCGCAAGAAAGUGAUAAGUGCUAAGCCAAUGGAUACCAGUAGCGAGAGCUCCCUUAAGUGUACAGCAGUUAUUAGGCCCUAACAUAAUCACGAGCACGAAAGAAGCUCGACAUGAUGAUGUUAAUGAUGAUCACAGGUCAAGUCGAUGUUUGCCAACAAGACGAAGGACCAUCCCCUGCAAGCUGAGGUGUCUCGAUUGCAAAAGAAAUUGUCAGAGGUCCAGGCGCAACAACGGCAGUGUCAACAGGUACGAAGACGUAGAUCGCCUCAUAGAUUAAGCACUUAUGUAUGACUUCUUCUUUAGCCCGGCUCUGUCGCGUCCGCUGUCACCCCUACUUUUGCACGCAGCUUUUUUGGAAUGCAAGAAAUCCACAUCUGUUUUGUCUCUGAGCGCUUUCACGAAACUUUUAUGCAAUCUAUCAUGAUUCUUUAUCUUUUAGAUCCUGGAGUCCGAUGAGGACCUGUCCUACAUUUUUCAACGACUCCGUGGACUGUUCAAUUUGCCACCCAAGGAGCGACGAACAACGGGGGCGUUCAGUACGAGAAAUCGGAACAGUAUUCUUUACUUCAUUUCCGAGGCUUGCGGCUACACGUCUUUUUUCCUUGAAUUUUUUUCUGAAUUUUCCUCCGAGCAGCGAGUCGCAAUUACAACUUUUGCAUGAAGAAGAAGAAAGAUUGACAUGAAUCAAUGAGCGUCGUGCAUCAACAAGAAUAGAUUCGCCCUUCUGCUCUUCACUUGAGUGUUUUCGAUUGCAGGUGUCAUCUCGACUCCUGCCAGUCACAGGGGCGCCGGGGGGCACGAUGACAGUUUUUACAACGAUGACGAAAAUCAAGCGCCCCUGGCCGAAAUCAAGCCCAACCUGCCCCCGCCUACGCGGGAAGUCUUCAAGGAGGGAUCGCCAGGGUAUAGUAAUAUUUUCAAAGCAGAUGGUGCAGAACAUGUUCAAGUUUGUAUGUUUCUGUUUGUUUCGAUUUCGUGCGGUGCGUUUUGAAAUGGAAGUCUGAAGACCGUGAAGCCGUUUCGGGCCAACUAUCUAGAGCUACUUCAAUUGUAAUUGCAUGAUGCGAACCGUUAUUGUUUGCUUUUUCAGGGUACUGGAAGAAAAGGAGGGUGAGAAUUCCCCACGAAAGCGCCUAACUGGAAACGUGAAAGCGCGAAUUUCCAUGUUUGAGCGGCCGGGAAAUUUGGAUGAAACCACGACGUCCCUGAACAACCGGAAUAGCGGCAAUUACCGUCAGUAG